AGUUUUUAUUUAUGUUCUCACACAUCCACCAUCAGAAGACAGGAUUGAAGUCUUUAAACUAAAAGACAACUUUGUGCUUAAGUAUAAAAGAACAAUCACCGAUCCGAAGUUCACUUACAUGAAUGACCUAGUAGCGGUUGGCAAGGAUAAGUUUUAUAUUACAAAAUUUUUUCACUAUCGGGAUAUGCUAUGGAGAACACUGGAGUUUUUGAGCCAAAAAGCAUGGGGAGGGAUAAUGUAUUAUGAUGGAAGAAAAGCUAGAGAUGCGGUUUCUUCUGGGCUUCAUAUGCCAAAUGGAAUCAACGUUUCACCAGACGGAAAAAUGAUUUAUGUUUCUGAAUUUGGAAAUAACAAACUGCUUGGAUACCACAAAUAUGAGUCCAAUGGAUUAAAUAAAGCUUGGGAGAGGUAUGUUGAUACGCAUGUUGAUAACAUAGAAGUUGACCCCACCAACGGCGACCUCUGGAUAGGAUGUCAUCCGGUAGGGUAUAGAAUAUACGAUCUUUUCAAUUGGUUCAAGCACCUAGCACCGUCACAGGUACUACGGUUUAGAAUGGAAGACAACACAGUGAGUAGUAUAGAACAAAUCUAUGCAGACGAUGGGUCAGAACUGCAAGGUUCAACGACGGCAGCAUUCGUUGGAGGGAAACUUAUCAUCGGCACAGUUGUAAAACAGACAUUAGUGUGUGAUGUGAACUAUCUUUCAAGUUAAACAUUACUAUUUUAGACUUGAUGAGAAAACUCUUUUCAUGAAAAGUAAUUGCGUAAUAUUAUUUGAUUUACUUAUUUUCACACUAUUAUGAAUCAGCAUGUAAGAUAUUGUAUUCAUUAAUAAGUGUUUUGCUAUGUUGGAAAAUGUUAUUUUGGGUUUUCAUAAUCUUCUAGUUAAUGUUUGAUUGUAGUCUAUAUUCUGUGCUCCUGUUCUGUGUUGAUUGACCGAUGUAAAGAAAAUACAUACUAUAUAUAUUUGAAAUGUCCGUAGUGGGAACGUUUUAUAUCAAAUAUUA